GCAGUCGCGGGUGGGCCGUGGGGCUGGCGGCAUCUCGUCAUGGCUCGGGAGUUCGAGCUGUGCCCCGGGCGGCGCAUAGGCGGCGACCACCCUUGCUUCAUAAUCGCCGAGAUUGGGCAGAACCACCAGGGUGACCUGGACAUCGCCAAGCGCAUGAUCCGUAUGGCCAAGGACUGCGGAGCAGACUGUGCUAAGUUCCAGAAGAGCGAACUGGAGUACAAAUUCAACAAGAAAGCGUUAGAAAGGCCCUACACCUCUAAACACUCCUGGGGAAAGACCUAUGGGGAACACAAGCGCCACUUGGAGUUCAGUCAUGACCAGUAUAGAGAGCUAAAGAAGUAUGCAGAGGAGAUUGGCAUUUUCUUCACAGCUUCUGGCAUGGAUGAGAUGGCUGUGGAAUUUCUACAUGAACUGGAUGUUCCAUUUUUCAAAGUAGGAUCAGGAGAUACAAAUAAUUUUCCGUAUUUGGAAAAGACUGCAAAGAAAGGUCGCCCAAUGGUGAUUUCCAGCGGGAUGCAGUCGAUGAACACAAUGCAUCAGGUUUAUCAGAUUGUGAAGCCCAUCAAUCCAAACUUCUGCUUCCUGCAGUGCACCAGCGCCUACCCACUUCAGCCAGAGGAUGUCAAUCUCCGUGUUAUAUCGGCAUAUCAGUCAGCAUUUCCUGAUAUCCCCAUUGGCUAUUCGGGGCAUGAAACUGGCAUAGCCAUUUCAGUGGCAGCUGUUGCUAUGGGUGCUAAAGUACUGGAACGCCACGUGACUCUCGAUAAAACAUGGAAAGGAAGUGAUCACCAAGCAUCUCUGGAGCCAAAUGAACUGGCAGAGUUAGUGAAAGCCAUCCGUACUGUGGAAAAAGCAAUGGGUUCUCCAGUCAAACAACUCUUGCCCUGUGAAAUGGCUUGCAAUGAAAAGCUGGGAAAGUCAGUAGUGGCGAAAAUGGCAAUUCCUGAAGGUGCAAUAUUGACACUUGACAUGCUGACGGUGAAGGUGGGAGAGCCGAAGGGAUUUCCCCCAGAAUCCAUCUUUGACCUGGUGGGCCAGAAGGUCAAAAAAAAUAUUGAAGAAGAUGAAACCAUCACUGAGCAAGUAGUGGAAAAUCAUGUAAAAAAAGUGAAGUGCUAAACCAAAGCACUCCAUUCCAUAUUUCUCAAUGUACUACUAUACAUGAGUAUACUAUAUGAGAAUAGCAGCAUGGUAGAUUAGAAGAAAGGGGUGUAAUUAUGAGGGUGCGAACAAGUUAGAAAUUUCAGGUUCUCAUUAGCAGGAAGUUUCAAAAGCAAGGGGAUAUAAAUUAUGAAGAUUUUAUUAUAAACUGUAUAGCAUCGUGCCUAGGAAAUGCCAUGAUCCUUUCUCCUCCAUUCCACUUAACCACAAACUUAGUUUGGAGUUCUGCCAAAUAUAAGACCACAGUCUGCUGCUUUCCACCUUCCCUUUUCUGUUAAGAAUACAGUAAAUUGUGAGAAUUUUGUCUACACUUUGAAUUGUUCUAGCCCCGUAUCUUUUGAUGUUCCUCUCUUUUCUACCAUUUGCCUCACCCCUCUCACAGCAGUACUCUGGUUGGAGUUGAGUACAGAUAAGUGAAAAUGUACAUACACUGAACAGAGAAAACUACAAAUGCAACCUGGAUGGAUUUUUUUUUUAAGAUGAAAGCCUAAAAGUGUCGUGAUAAAGGAGUGAGUUGCAGGCAUCUGUAUUCUGUGGGAAAAUGGGCUUCUUCAGAAAGUUAAGUUCGCAAGAGACAGUAGCAGGUAAGGAAGCAUACGGGAUAUUUAGAAAGGUCCCAUUUAAGGGGCAAGAGAGUAUUUUGUGAACUGAAAGGCCAAAAGACAAGCCAGAGAGAUAGAACAGGGAAGAAAAGUACAUCUGAGGUAAAUCAGUGGAAAUAAGCUUAACCUAUGCUUCAGAAAUUAUGAAAAGUAUCUAUUGCGAGUUGAGUGAAGUCUGGAAUAUUAAGUUGAUUCUGCAGAGCAUUUGUAUGCCUCUGUUUGGACCUAGGGGGCAACUUCUCAGGUAGGAAGCCAAAUGCUGGUGAAGCUUGAGCCGCUUAUUUUUUUUUCUGUACUAACCAGCAAAUCCUCUACGUUGGGGUUUUUCUCUCAACACUUGUGUGUGAGAUGGCUGAGGCGUACUGCCUGACUACAUUACACCAUUGUGCUUCAGCAUGAUGGUCAGUACACCUUUUGUGUGGUCUGCUUUUGCAUCCCAGAUUCUCACCUUUCAAGUGUGAAAUGCAAUCCCGCUCCUGUCACCUGCUGCUUUUCCCUUUGACCAGAAAGGAGCCAUAUGGCAGCAGCUGCAAACUAGACAUUCUUCAAUUACCUUGCUUAGCACAGAACUGCUUUGCAAUAAUUCAUCUGCUUUUCUGUGGUGGAAUCAUUUACUAGUGAUGGUUACUUGGAACUUGUUACCAUUUGGUCAUGAGUUGGUGAAGUAUCUUGAAUUUGGUGGUGAGUGGUUUUGUACCUAUAAACUGUUUACUUUCAAAAUGUUUACCCUUGUGCAAUUCUGAGGAAACUGUAUUCGUAUCUUUAAAUGGGGAAGCAGAGGUUGAGUCAUAUACUUGACCAAAUGUGAGCUGUGACUGAUGAAAUAUGCUUGCCUUAUAUUAAAAAACGACUCAAUUGUGAAAAGAUUUUUUUUUUUAAAUUUCAAAUUUGAAAAAUAAAUUUCGCUUAUAAAAC